CUCCUACACACCCUAGAUGUAAAUGUCAUAUUUCAUGUUCACUAGUUGUCGGACAUAUCUGGCUAUUAGCGUCGAGGCGUCGCCUUUGAGGACGGUUUCUGCCGAACCGUGCCGAACUUCUCGUUUGAACUAUAUCAAAUGGCUCGUGUAAUCUGUCGGUCAAUAUUUGCGUGCCUCCGCCCGCCUCUGGGGUCCGAGAACGUGGAGGAUUGCACGUACCAGUCGUCUCCGUCCUCCAGCAGACAAGCGUCGCCUAGUUGCAUCAGCUCUGAAUCAAGUACCAAUACCUACACUACGGAUUUAAUCACGGUGGCGGAGCGUGUCCAAGCGGGAACUUCACAGCCAUCUGCACAGCCGGCUGCCUCUGCCGGCCUGCAUGAAGGGCUGCGUGCCACAAAUACAUUGCCAGUACGUUUCUCGUUUGAGACAAACAACAAUGGCAUCGGCAACGGAACGGAGUUCGACUCGCUUCUGGCGUCCAUGCUCAGCUCCGCGGCGCACCGCAACCUCGCAACAAUUACCUCACUUGAAACCUGCAAUGAAAUACCAGACCUCGCGCCCGCGAUGGCCGGCUGCACGGAUGUCCGGGAGCUGGCCGGCCGCGCCCCUGCUGCCGCGUGCAUCACUACUGGCACUGGCGACGCCCCCGUGCACACCGCCGCCGCCGCUGCCGCCGCCAUCGCGGGAGCCACCGCCAGCAGCAGCAGCACCAGCAGCAGGAGCAGCAACAAGAGCAGGAGCUCUCUCAACGAAGGCGGCACGUGCUGCGGGGGCUGCGGGGUCGUCACUGCCAUGGAAGGCUUGACGGCACCAGGGCUGGAUUACCUGGCGAUGGAUUGCCCGCAGCUGCUGCUGCCGCAGGAGCGGCAGCACCGCAGUGCCGAUGCCGGUGCCGGUCCGUCACCAUUACCCACGAUAGCGGGGCGGUCAUCAGCAGGACCCGCACCGCCUCGAGUGUCAAAGUUAACGGCACCAGCGUUCGCAGCCACACCAGCCGCGGCAUGCGCCACGCCUUACUUCCUGGACGGCGGCCGCCGCAGCAUCACACACGGCCGUGGCGGUCGAGACCACGUCGCCGACCUGCCACCCAUGCUUGAUGACGCCUGCCUGCUAGGCGAUCACGGCCCUGAGCUGCCAGCUGCUGGGCACACUGCUGCUGCUACUGCUGGGUUUCCUGCUGGGUGCCAGCAGGCACCAGCAGCAGGCGCACGCAGCAGCACUACUCGCAGCCUCCUCGCCUGCGGGCCCCCGCCACCGCCGCCUCCGCCACCGGCCUCAUCAUCCCUACCCACGCCUGCGGAGAUGGUGGCGGCCGCCAUGGCGACGGGCAGCGCCGCCACAGCAGCAGGCCCCAACGGCGGCGACGCUGCCGCGAUAUGUAUAGCCGCACACAGCAGCGCACCUGUGCUGAUGCAGGGAGGCGGGUUGCGUGACCCCAUCCGCGGCGCCUGCUGCCUUGGCGCGAUCAGCGGCGGGGAGCCGUUACAGCGCAUGCGUAGCCCGGCCCUGCCGCCGCCGCCCCAAGGAGCUGCUCCGGCGGCGCUGCCACGGGCGGCGAUGCCGGGGCCGGCGACCACGCCGCCUGGGAGGACCGCGGCGGUGUCUGCAGCAGCAAUGAAUGCGGGGUCAAGAGCGCACGCGAGGUUGGAGAGGGAGGGAGAAGUGGCUGGCGUAGUCAGCUGUAGCGGCCUGCGAGAGCUGCUGGAGGGGGUCAAGGAGCUCAGGCCUGCAGUGGUGCCGGCGGCGCCGGCGGUGGCCGGGGGAACUGGAGGAGCGGCCGCAGCAGACAACAGCAGCGGCACCAACGCAGCAGCGGCAGCCACCAUCUAUGGACGGCUGCUGGCGUCAAUGGAGCUCUUGCCGAUGGCGCGUGGCAGCAGCCACAGCAGCAGCGCGGCGGCUGGAGGGGGAGGAACGGCGGGUGGCGGGGUGGGAGGCGUUGCCAGCAGCGGCACGACUAGCACGACCACAUGGCAGGGCACGUGGCACGAUGGGCGCGUUGUGAUGGUGAAGCUGCUGGCAGCUGCGCCACCUACUGCUGCUGCUGCUGCUGCUGCUGCUGCUGCUGCGGCCGCUGCCGGCGCCGCUGGCAGUAACACCGGCGGCGCAAACGAGGGGCGUGGUGCAUUAGGCAAAGGGUGCGGCAGCAACACCACGGCGAGCGCUGUGGCGGCGGUUCAGCUAGGCCCGCUGAGGCGCGCCGUGGCCGCCGCGGCCCUGGCGGCCGGCGGCGGGGCGCACCCCCACCUGGUGCCUGUGCUGGCGGUGCGGGCUCUCACCCUGGACGCCGCGGCCACACAGGAGCUGCAGGAGCUGCUGCAGCUGCCACGCGGGCAGCCCCAGCGACAGCAUCAGCGACAGCAACAGCAGCAGCAGCAGCAACAGCAACAGCAACAGUCUCGGGCCCAGCAUCAGCACCAGCAGCUUCAUCACGUGGCGUGCGGGGCUAGGGGCGGGCUGGCCGGGAUGGGUGAAGAGGGCUGCUGUGAUGGCGGCUGCAGUGGCGCAGAUGACAGCCGCAGCUGCAGCUCCGGCAGCUACCACCGCGACCUUGGUGGGUUGAUGGUGGGCACGGGUGGUGCCGGCGGCGGCACGGCGGAGGCGGGCUGCAGCAGCAGCAGCAGCAGCACCAGCAGUAGCGGUGGCGAUUACCGCCUGGCCAUGGUGGAUGGUGAGCUGCCGCGGCCGACGGCGGGCCCCAGCAGGCUUCAGCGCUUCCUGUGGCACAACCCGCUGUCGCCUGCGCUGCCUGCUGUGGCCCCUGCUGCUGUGGCCCCUGCUACUGCGGCCGCUGCUGCUGCGGCUCCUGCUGCUGCGACCCCUGCUACUGCGGCCGCUGCUGCUGCGGCCCCUGCUGGCGGCGGCUUGGGGGCAGCGUCACCGCCGCCGCCACCGCCGGAAACGCCACCACCGUCGGCGCCGUCGCUGCUUAGGCAGAUGCAACUGGCGCCGCUGCCCAAUGCUGCCGCCGCUGGCCAGCACCUGCCGCUGAUGCCCAAUGCUGCUACGCUAGCUCCACGCCAGCAGCAGCAGCAGCAGCAGCGGGACAGUGUUGGUAGCGCCGCAACCGCUGCUGCCGCAACUGCCUCUACUGCGGUUCCAGCUCAGAGGACACGGCCGCAGAAACAAGCAGUAGUCGCUACAUCAUCUGCGGCGGCGGGGCACCUGCCAGCGCUGAGGGCGCUGGCGCGGCUGCGGCUUCCACCGGGCGGGGUGGUGGUGGCGGUGGUGACCGAGAUGUGUGGCAUGGGCAACCUCGCCACGCGGGCGGUGUCCUCCGCCGCCGCGUCGCCCUUCGCGCCCUCGCGCACCUGGCCCCUGCACGUGGCGCAGAGGGCCGCCCUGCGCACCGCCAGAGAGCUGGCGGCGGCGCUGGCGGCGCUGCAUGCCGCGGGCGUGCCACACGGCUGCUUGACCCCUUCCAACGUGCUGCUUCAGUCUUCCGCCGCCGACCGCCGCGGCUUCGUGGCGCGGCUCGCCGACGCAGGCAGCCCCCGCCUGGCCGCCGCCGCCGCGGCCGCCAGCGCCACGGCGCCGCUGUCGCGCCGCCUGCUGUUCCUCGCGCCCGAGCUCCUGAUGACGAGUCUCGCUGGAGGUGACGGCGUCGCUGUUGGUGGUGGCAUCUGCGCCGGUGGGAUCCACCGCAGCAGCAUUCUUGGGCUGCAGGGAGCCGGCUUCGACAGCAGCAGCUCGGGAUUGAUGAGAAGCAGUAGCAGCAGCAGCAGCUGUGGCAGCGGCGGCCAAGUAAUGCCAGCAGGCUUACUGGAAGCUGUGACGCAACCUAUGGGCUCGGCACCUGAUGCGACGGGCGCGGCGGCUGGAUUGGGCUGGAGUGGUGGUGAGGUGGAGGUGGCGGCGGCGGCAGCAGCGCAGACGAAGGACGGUGCCGCUGGAGGGCGCCCGGAGGCGGUGGGGACUGCAGUGGAGGAGGUGGAGGAGGUGGCGGCUGCGUGUGCAGCUGACGUGUACUCGUACGGCAUGCUGCUGUACGUGAUGGCGGCGGGACAGCUGCCGUACGCCGACGAGCACCUGGUGUCGGCGCUGCUGGCAGUCGCCAUAGAGGGCGGCCGGCCCGAGUGGCCCACCUCGGUCUGCGGCCGGCCCGUGCACCCCGCGCUGCAGGCCCUGUACGCCGACUGCACUGCGGCCGACCCCGCGCGGCGGCCCACCGCGCAGCACGCAGGUAUAUGCGCGCGUGUGUGAGGCGGAGGCGCAGCUGAAAGCAGCCAAGGCGGCCAGGCUGGCGGCGGCGGCGGGCGGCAGGCGCUAACUAGCUAGAACCACCAAUAAUGUGGUCUGGCUCGUUUGCUGGCCGUCGUGUGUGGCGCGCGGCGGCCGCCAGUUCCGGGAGCUAUGCAGACCCACAGCAGAAGCUUAAAACAUGUGCACCCGCCGCUCAAUGAGAUACACGUUGUGAUUACUUGUUCAGCUUGCUGCACAGCAGGACACAACGGAUCAUUGGCUUGUUGCGUGCAGCAGACAGGUAGACCUGCUGCGUGCGACAUUUUCUGGAAGUCUGUUUGUGUGACAUGCGGACCGGAUAGUGGCCGCACAGCGAAUGAAAGCUACGGAUGAAUCCAAUUGCUAUUUUAUAUGAUCACCAGAUUUAUAACAGGUACCUCAUUCGGGAAUUAUGUUGACAAUGAUGUAGAAAGAGCAUCAACGUAUUUGCGUAUCUAAUCUCACGAAUGCAUCAGACGUCUGAUGGCUGCGGCCCCACGGUGGCCAUUCUGCUUAGGUGCCAUGCCCAAAGUAAGGCAAUUGGAUGCGCAAUCAACAAUGGAGAGCGUGGUGGAAGGCAGGGGAGCCCUCCUCUGGUGGAAGGCAAAAUGUUCGAUCGAAGAAAAGCGUGGAGCGCCAGGCGAGGGGGGAGGCGGACCAGGGGGGGUGACGGCCGGCGGGGAAGCUGACCAAGAAUGCUUUGAAGACUAACAAUGCGAAGCCAAUCAUGGAUGGCUCUUACUUGCUUAGGUCAGGGCUUAGAUAACCUAUGAUGAUAUCCUCCACGCACAUAUACAUGGCAAGCGUACCGAUGAUGCGCAGGGGUGUGAGCUACGGAAUAUGAGAUUACGUAAAUUUCAUGUUUGCGGCAUGGGUAUUGACAAGGUCUGUAUGGGUAAAACAGGGAUCUGCGUGCUGCAGACUCAGGCCAGGGCAGAGUCUGCUCUAGACCUGCUGAGGGGUGCGCGUGCCACCUCGAGGUGCGCUGUUAGUUAGAAGUGUGCGUCAACGUGAUGUAUGGCCAAUGACCAGCGGGCAGAUUCCGCAAAGGACUUACGCGUGUCCAUACAUCCUUGGAAAUAGUUACUAUGCCUUGGUGGCGGUUGGUAACACGUAAAAUGGAUGGCCAUUCAUUGCCGCUGGGCUGUGCAUGUGCGGCAUUGCACUCACACCUCGCUUGCUUGGCCUGGCACACUCCACACGCGCAUGUCCUACGGCGGUGCUGAUUUCGGCACGUGCAUGAAUGAUGCGAGCAAGCACGACAACGUAUUGAGGAAAAACGUAACAAUCAAACAUGCAUCGUCUUUCAUGUUGUAUGUGCCUAAUGCGAACAUGAGGAAGUGAUGGCGUAUGCUGGGGACAGCGCUGCGCUGGUUACUUCCUGCGUCGUCCCUUCGUUCAUUAUAUGAGAUGCGAGUAAUGCGAGGACGUCAAGGUGGGGGGGCGGGCUGUGCGCGUUCGGUGGUACAUGGAGGACAUACAGGAUGGGCGGGGUCCGUGCAGAUGGGUGGGCGGCGACAGUUCGUGCCAGAUACGUGGGGUAGGCGGGAGCCGUUAGAGCCGUAUACGACAGAUGAGCUGAUGCGGACCGUUGCUGCAGGGAGAGAUUAUUGAGCUUGCUGUCCGGAGCCAAGAAGAGGGAGAGGGGGGUCAACGAACGGCAAACCAGCAAGAAUGUAAAGGAUGGAGAGA